UUGAGUCUCACAGAUGGGACUGAUACAGGAUCCACUGAGACCCAGCUUGACCAGAGGAGCCUGACUCAUGACGGACAGACCAGGAUCAGAUCAAAGUCCAUAUCUAAGGUCAGGUCCAGGUCUACAGCAAGCUCACUGAAGACUGCAGGUGUGACCUCACAUCUGUCCUCAGUGACCAGGACCACCACUAGCAGCAGGAAGUCUAAGAGAGUCCCAGGUUCAGAGUCCCCAAGAGGAGAGAGGGGGCCACCAAGAAUCAGAAAGAGGAGGAAGAUCCACCCGUCUGUGUUCAGAGGGAGAGGUCAGUUACGACUAACAGUCACUCCAGGGGUGGGACAAAUAAUCAUUCACAUCCAUGAGGCCCGAGGGCUGAUGGGAAAAUCCCAGAGGUCAUGUGACUCCUACGUGAAGCUGGAAGUGACCUCUGACCAUGGCCACAGCAUCAAGAUGAAAACUCAAACUGUUGUGAACAACCAGAACCCAAAAUACAACUGCAGCUUUAAACUGUAUGUCAGCGACAACCUCCUCCUCCACAGGUUGUUGGUGUCGGUCUUCAGGCAACCAGCAGACAACAGGUGCAGUCAGCUGAUUGGCUGUAUGAGCUUUGGGAUUGGUUCUCUCAUCUCAUCCUCUAAGAUUGUGAUUGGUUGGUUCUACCUGCUGGGGGAGGAGUUUGGGCAGCGCAAACACCUGAGGGUGACAUCGCAGAGGAGCAGCUCAAAGAGCAAAAUGGAUGAGAACAAAGCACCACACUGCGCAGACCUCAGGAAGACUCCAGACUCUGCUUCAGAUACUGGCCUAAACCACAUCACCACCACCUCUGCCACUACAAACAACCCGUCAAAGUGCACCACCUCCACCAAUGGACCCAAAGGCCUGACGAACCACAGCUUGACCUCCGGUCGGCCCCUAGGCCUCGACCCCCCAAAUGCCAACUACAGCAGCUAUGUCUCUAUCGUCUAUGCCAAUGCCAAAAAGGGUCACGCCACCCGAGACUACAGCAGCACCCAGAGACUGACGGUGAGUGUUGCCCGAGGAACAGAUGGGUUUGGCUUCACCAUCUGUUCCGACUGUCCAGUCAGAGUCCAGGCUGUCGACCCUGGAGGUCCAGCUCAUCAUUCUGGACUCCGUGAGGGGGACUCGGUCCUGCAGCUGAACGGACUUCCUGUAGAGACCUGGAAGUGUGUUGACCUCGCCCAGGCCAUCAGGAGCUGUCCAUCUCAGAUCGUGUUGGUGGUGUGGAGAGGUUUACCUGAGCUCAGGUCAGGAUGUGAAGCUUUGCUCCACCCACCCCCACACAACACCACGACAGGCAGAAAGCUGCUGCCUCACCCCACCCACAGUAAACAUGGCUGCAUGCGGGGCCAGGCGUCUGGGGUCCGGUCCAGUUUGGGGACUCUAGGUUCCCUGUGGAGGGACAGGAAGGAAGACAGAGCAGAAGAGGAGGAGGAACACCAGGAGGUGACCGAGUACUCCGCUGGCACCACCACACUAAAGGGCACCCAUGUUACAUCAUCAAAUGGAGACAAUUACAUCAUCCUGUCACCUAUUAAUCCAGGAGGACAGCUCCUGCAACCGGUUUAUCAUGAUGGGACUGGAACAAUUGGGCGUCUGUACCAGACUCGUACCAUCAGAGAGCAGAACCUCCAUCAUGACCCUCAAUCCAAAUUGUCACAGUUGUUCACCAGUCAGACCACCACCCUGGGCCUGCCCCCCUCCUGCACCUCCUCCUCAUCGCCUGGUAACUACAGCAACUACCAGAAUUGCACCAUCGUCCAAUCACACCUGCCCUGCUCCACCUAUGGAACUUAUGUUGCCCUGGCACCCAAGACCCUCAUCUUCCCUGUCUUUGUCCAGCCUCUGGAUCUAUGCAGCCAAGACCGAACCCUGCUGAUGUCAGAGGAGAUGGUCCUACACCAGGCUGACCUGCUUCCUGCCAAGGUGACCGUGUUGAUCUACAAUGACCUGCUGCUGUUGACUAGAGAGGAUGAAGCUGGACGCUGCAAUGUCCUACAGAGUCCUCUGUACCUGAACACACUGCAGCUCAGAGAGGUGUCGUCAGAGCCGCUCCACAUCUGCCUCCUGCAGCGCUCUCAGACUGAGUGGGGCCGUCUCUUCAGCCUUGAGUCUUUCAGCAUCGAGCAGAAGGUCAGAGUCAGUCUUUGUCUCCAUGACAACAUCCAGCUACAGCUGGUCGCGACAGAGACUGCACACAGCCACCAGCCCUCAGACCUCCCCUCAGAUUUCGGCCUCCUCUCCCUCGGUCAGUCUGACAUCCUCUGUCACCCCUCUUCCCCCUACUCUUCGCGCUGUCACCCCCUCAAACCAGCCUCACCCUCUCCUUACUCCCCCAGCUCACCCUUCUCUCCCUCUACUCCUCCUCUUCCCUCCUUCUCUUCUUUCUCUCCAUACACCUCAUCCUUUCCUCCCUCCAGGACCAUCACCAAUCUACCUCACCUCCUUCCCUCCCCCCCCCACUCUUCCUCCUCUAUUCAGAGGAGUUCAAUUGAGAAGGAGAGAUGGAGAGCAGAGGAAGAGGAGGAGAGGAGGAAAAGGAGGGGGGAGGAGGAGGAGGAGGAAGUGGAGGAGCGUCAGCAGGGGGAGGGAGAGAGCUGCUCCGAAACAUCUGAGAACAUAGGAGGCGUGGGGGGGUGUGGGCUCCAGAUCGGCUCUCACCACUUCAACAUGAAGGAGGAGGAAGAGGGAGAGAUUGCUGAAGAUGAAGAGGAGGGUGGAGGAGGUGCUAAGGAGUUCACCUGCACCUACAGACCUGCAGUCCUCCAUCGCUCGUUUUCUGAGGGUUCUCUGCUGCAGGAACCUCGAUCACCCCGCUUCCUAUCGGAUAGCACCAUCCACCAACUCACCCGCCCCACAACCUUUGACCUCAACACCAACUUAAGCCCCGCCCCCAUCCCCCCCUCCCUUCACACCCUGAGGAAACAGCUGACCAGAGAGGGCGGGUCUCUGCACCACAUGCUGCUCCUGCUCAGUGGCACCAAAGAUUCAGAGUCCAGAAACCCUCACCUGAAGAAGAAGACCAGGAGUUUAGCUGCUGAUGUUUGGAGUCGUCUAGCGUUUCUGCAGAGACGUAGAAACAGUACCUGUUUCCAUGGUAACAGUCUGGAGAAAGCCCUGAGAAACAAUAGACUGUCUGCAGGGGAGGUGCUGAGCUGGGCGGAGAGUCUAGAGGCUUUGCUGACCAAUCAGUGUGGUUUGGCGCUGUUUCAUCACUUCCUGAGAUCAGAGUUCAGUGAGGAGAACCUGGACUUCUGGUUGGCUGUGGAGAGAUUCAAGAAGACCCACCCCCUCAGCAAGAUGGCCGCCAGAGCUGAGAAAAUCUACAAUGAGUUUAUUUCAACCACCGCAGUAAGACAGGUCAAUGUGGACUCAUCUGUCAGAGAAACAACGAAUCAGAACCUUCGUUUUGGCGUUAACCCCGCCUCCUUCCAGUUGGCCCAAGAUCAGAUUUUUAGCCUCAUGGAGACCGACAGUUACCCACGAUUCCUCCAGUCCCACCUCUACACCCAGCUGGCCAAUCAGAGUGCUACUAGGUCUGUGCCUGUCAGCCAAUCAUGAGCGAGGAUGCGGAGAGAGGUGUAAAUGAAAUAGAGGGCAGAACAAUGAUUGUUAGCCAAUCAGAGGCCCGAUCAAUUUAUAAAAUCUCAUUGUCAUUAAGUCAAAUUUUUGUGUUUUACUAAAACAAAAUUUGUUUAAAACCUCAACUUAUAAAUUUUAAAAUGAGAACCCUUUUGUGGAGUAAACACAUCAAAUUAGCACUCAGAUCAGUUUUUAGCCAUGCUAGCAGUGAGUGUUAGCAUGCUGAAGCAUUGUUAGCAUGCUAGCACUGAAUGUUAGCAUG